GCCACCUGGGACAGGAGCUGUAGUCCUUGUUUCUCUCUCUUACUGUUAGUAGUGAUGGCGACACACUUCCUCUGCUGUCAUCUCUUGUGAUCCAGACUGUUUUAGCUCAAGACCAGAGCUCCCUGCGAGCGUGGAGCUCCCUGUGAGCGCGGAGCUCCCUGUGAGAGAGCACCUAAGCCUCUUAAAGUUCAACUGCAUCAGCAACACCAACUUAGAGAUGGAGAGAGUACGUCGGCCUGUCAGUGCUGUACCCACCAUCAACGAGGAAACUUUCAAGUCAGUCUCAGGUAUCACCAGACGCAGGGGAGCCAUCAGACACCAGAAGGUACAUAGCGUCAAAGGACAUAAGUUCGUCGCUAAGUUCUUCAGACAACCUACUUUCUGCGCUUUCUGCGGUGACUUCCUCUGGGGUUUUGGAAAGCAAGGAUACCAGUGUCAGAGUAAGUAUUGAUACCAGUGUCAGAGUAAGUAUUGAUACCAGUGUCAGAGUAAGUAUUGAUACCAGUGUCAGAGUAAGUAUUGAUACCAGUGUCAGAGUAAGUAUUGAUACCAGUGUCAGAGUAAGUAUUGAUACCA